CUCCUGAAAUAUUCCCUAAAAAAGCUCAGUCAACACUGAACUUCACUGCCUCUCGUAAAAAAAGGAGGAAACAGAAGUUUCUGAUGUUGGUAUUUUUUUUGACCACUCACCACUUUCACUGCCAAUGUUGCCAAAUAAUCAUUAAGUCAGGGAAGAAAGUUGUUGUUACUUCUUUUCUUUAUUCAGUGAGCUAAGACAUUUCUUAUUAAUACUCAAUGCUGUAGUUACACCAAGCAAUGUGACUUUUAAAAACUUGCAGAGAAAUGAUUGAACACAUUAAUAAUAAACACAGACAGAAAUUUAACAGUGACAUUCUCAUUUACUUUUCCAUAUCUGACUUAUGAAACAUACACUUAGAAGAGGAAGCUGGAAAUUAUUUGACUUAAAAAUGAAUCAAGGCCACUUAGACAUUAAGUAAGUGUUCCUAAAAAUAUCCACUCCUGACAUGCCUGUUAAGGGAGAAAACUUGAAGCAAGAAAAACUUUUAUCAGGGUUCUUUUACCGUGUGCCUUACUCACUUCUGCCUGAGUCAUAUUUGAAACCACAAGAUCAUCUUUGAAACAGAGAGAGAGAGAGAGAGAGAGAGAACAGGUGGGAGGAAAGAAAAGAAACUCCUGCUAUUGUAAAACUGAAAGCAUAACAUGAGAGUUAUAUAAAGUGUAAGUGAGCCUCACUAAAGCAUGAAGCUCCCUUGCUAAGAGUUCACUGCUCCUCUAAGGUAAGAGCAUCUCAAAUUAAGAAGCUUUUUACACACGAGCCUGGUGGUUGAAGAAUGUUAGCCUAAAGAGGGAAACUUAGGGACUGAAUUUUAAUUUAUGGCUUUGUAUACAAAUGUUUUUUAAAUUUUAUUUUAGAGUAAGUUACUUGCGGAGAAACAGACAGUCGCAGAGUACAGUCUUAUUAUAGUGGUGAAUAAACAUGACAUAUUUACUGGACACAUUAUAUUUGGAUUUCUUGUUAGCACUGCUUUUGUGUUACUGUUGUGUUGUGUGGUGAAGCAAAAUCUGUCAUCUGUGGUGGAGUGACUUAAGACAUUGCCCAGAUAUUUUACAGGGAAACACUGCAAAGUCAAAGAAAGGAUACUUGUAUAUAUAGAGGCUUAUAUCUCAACGCAUGUGCCAAACUGUUUCUGAAAGAGAGCAUGCAUGGGGAUGCCGUCUGGAGAACUUUCUUCCAGAAGUAUUCAUAGAUUUUCUGUAAGAUGAUGAUGAGAUGGUUGAGUUUCAAUAAGAUCCCAUGAAAUGAUUAUCUUCUCUCUUGUCUCAGAUGGCUCUUUGGUAUCAAGCUCUCCUCCUCCUGUGUUGCACGUUGAAUCUGGUGGAGUCCUCUGCUCCACCUCCUGUCCUCCAGCAGCAGAACAUAUACAGCAACUCUUUCCACCUCACUGUGACCGUCCGGACUGCAGUCCAGCAGCUGCAGAAGAGAUAUGUGAGUGCUCCAGACAACCCCCUGUUCUCCUACAUCUGUGCACCUCCAGCACUAUCUUUAAUAGGUCAUAUUUAUUGUUUAUUUUCAUAGAAAGAGGAGCAGUGGUGGAACAAGCAUUUUGAGGACAGAAACCGGCAGUUGAAGGGCCUGCCAUUACUUUCUACAGAUUUCCACAGCUGGCUCAAUCUGACGGUUAGUUCCUGCAUGACUGUUUCAUAACAAUGUCAAAGAAAAUCACAAAAACUUUUCAUAGAAUUUCAAGCCUUGGUUUCAGUCUCCUCUUCCCAUUGUGAUAUGGAUAAAUAGAAACAUGAUGACAUCUACAGAAAGUUAGCUCUUGCAGAAUGCACUGUAAAUCUUGUAAAAAUUUGAGUGGAUUUCCCCUUUUUGAACCUUGAGCUCUUGCGGAGAAUUGUGCAACUUCUUUGGUCAUGUAAUCAUGUGGCUACUGUCUCGUGUGUUUAGGACUGGGAUCGACUGCAUGCAUCUUUCAGGGACCUGCGUACCUACUGGUCGAUGCUGGAGGGAAAGAGAAAACAGCUGGAGAAGGAGGAAAAAGAGAGGCUGGUGGGGCGGAUGACCCACAACACUUUGCCUAAGAGAAUUGGAUACAUUCAGCUGGACCUGAGAGACCUGAUGCUCCAUGUCAGCAGUCAGGUAACCACUAAAUUCGUUCUGUCUGUUUGGUCCCCUUUUAGCCCAUAAAAAGACUCCACAGGAAGUGACUCUUCUAUCUGAUUAAAAACUGUUUUGCUUUCUUCAUCAGAUGAGUAACAUAAGCAGCUCUUGGAGGAACUCCACCUCUUCCUCUCAUGUAGACCCAGAGACCAACUUCAGCACUGAGUGGGACAGCCGAGUGGAGGGUUACAUCAUUCUGAGGGAUCUCGACCUCUACCUCACCAAGCUGGCAAGAAACUUCCUCCUGCUGGCUUCAAAAACCCACUGAUGACUCAGCACAGAGAUCUUAAGAUCUUGACAGCACACACACACACACACACACUCACAAAUACAGGAGAGAGAGAGCUAAAGUGAAGAAAACUGGAGUAACUGUGAUAACUUUAGUCAUUUUUUCAGUGCUGUUGGUAACUCUUAAGAUGGAGUGACAGUUUAAGCUUUUUUAAGAUGUUUGUAUGUUUCAGGGCUUUCUUGGGUAUUUCCCAGAGUUUCUGUCUUACCUCUAACUGUAAGUUAGCAAUAAGCUCCCAGAGCAGACAGAACACUUCCCAACAUGUGGUUAUUCCCCCACACCCUUAUCUACAGGACUUUCCCAAUAUGUAUUUGCUAUUUAUUAAUAUUUAUUAACUUCUAUUUAUUUUAAAGUGGUUUGUUUUAUUUCUCUCACAACACAGAGAUUAAGUGGUUUACAUUUGAAUCUUUUUAUAUUUGAUAUAUUGAAACAUAUUUGUAUGACUGACAAUAAAGACUUGAAGCAUCAAAAA